UUAAAUGGAAUAAACAAUUUUUCUGACUCAGACAGACCGACAAAAUCGCAUACCUAGAUAAUUCAGUAAUGUUCGCAUUGUAUGUGCUAAUCCUCUUUCAUUAUAUUUUUGAUGGAUUUCCAACCCUACUGAUUAUUAUUAUACUAUGUAUACCUUAUGUAUAAAAUUAAAAACAUAUCGUGUUUCAUUUUUUCUGGGGCAUUAUCAUGAAUUAUAUUUUUAUUUAAACCACAUAAGUAUUAUUAAAACCACAACAUUUUGUUCCAAAUAAACACGAUGCUCACAGUUAAUUAUUUGUUUAUUUGCCUGAGCAUUGUUCUAACUGCACAUUUAGCUGGGUGUUUAGAAGACACUACGGAUGUUACAGACACUACCAUACCACCACCAGACCCAUUCCUCUGUUCUGGCGUUCUGCCAGGCGACAUAGACUUCCAGACGGUCGACCUCAUCGCUGUAUACCGUCUGGACCGGCCAGAAACCACGGGCAUUACUUUGGUACAGGGGUCGCAGGAUUUACAGAGAGCGUAUAGAAUUGGAGAUGGAGCUAACCUUACAUUGCCUAUACGGAAGGUCUUCCCAAACGGUCUACCAGAAAGGUUCAGUAUUACAGCCACAUUCAACGCGAGAAACCAGCAAAGACCAUGGAGUCUGAUCAGAGUCAGAGCUCAGAGUUUAAUCUUCUCUCUUACUUUGCUACCCCAUGUGAAGAAGUUGGCGGUUUUCGCGCAAAAUAGUAGAGUUAUCUUCUCUAGUCCGGAGUUAUUUAGAACAGGCUGGCAUAAAAUCCACGUCGGAAUAUCCAAUGAUACUGUGUACGCUGCUGUUGAUUGUGUUGAGUUAGAACCAGAAGAGAUAAACAAACACAACUUUAGCAACGCUACCAGUGUCAGCAUUGUAUCGAAUGAUGACGGAACACCGGCUCCCGUAGAUCUUCAAUGGUUAUCAAUAAGCUGUAAUGUUUUUAAUUUAACUGAGGAGAGCUGUGAAGAAAUUGAAAUAGCAGAACCAUUAAUAGACGCUCCUGAAAUGUGGUCUGGCUCACAGAAUUCGUCCAAUAAUCCAUUUCUUUUACCCGUAUGUAAUGCUACAUGUCCACCGGGACCUCAAGGCCUGCCGGGUUUAAAAGGAGACCAGGGCCCACCGGGUUACACCGGAUUACCUGGUGUUCGAGGUCUGCAAGGCCCUCCGGGUAUAAUCGGCCCGCCGGGACUUAAAGGAGCUAAAGGAGAGCAGGGAUUACCAGGGAUAAGUAGCAAUGUUGCCGUGAUACCAGGGCCACCUGGCCUUCCGGGAGAACCUGGGCGUCGGGGUAGUAAAGGAGAAAGGGGAGAACCGGGUCAAAAGGGGGAACCAGGUGAAGCCGGUUUAGUGGGUUUGUCUGGUCUGCCUGGAGUUGAUGGAAAGGAUGGACAACCGGGUCCUCCAGGGCCAAUAGGACCGCGGGGUGAAAUCGGUCCUCCAGGCCCUCCCGGAUCAAUUGCACAUAUGAAUAUGUCUGUGAUUCACGGUAGUAAAGGAGAGAAAGGUUCUUCGGGGAGACCGGGGCGGGAUGGUGAGCCGGGGCCUCGGGGCAUUCCUGGAUUAAUCGGGCCAAUUGGUCUACCGGGUCCACAAGGUUUUACUGGUAUCGCAGGGCCUCAAGGCGAAAGGGGCUCACCGGGAUUACCAGGCCCUGAAGGAAAAACAGGGCCGGAAGGACCACAAGGUCCAGAAGGUCGGCCAGGGCCGGCUGGUCCUCCAGGGCCUCCGGGCUUGUCUGUCCCACCGUUAUCUACCACCAGUGUUCCAGGACCACCAGGACCGCCAGGAGAAAGAGGACAGAAAGGUGAAGCAGGGCUUGCUGGUAUACCAGGUAGAGAUGGAUUGGAUGGUAUACCAGGGGCCCCGGGCCCUCGGGGCCCGCCGGGCCUUGCUGCUCCUAGAGAUAUUAUUGUCGAGCAAUCUUCAUUGACCGAAGCAGACGUGAGAAAUAUUUGUCAAGCUUUACUACAAGAGGGAUUAAAGGAACUAGCGAGUAGUUUGAUGGCUGUGCCGGUAUCUGCGGGGAGACGAGGACCACCGGGGAGACCGGGUCCAGCAGGAGCGGCAGGUACACCAGGUGAGCCUGGUUCCCCCGGGCCCCGCGGUUACCCGGGUGAGACGGGUGAACCGGGGCGACCAGGCGCGCCGGGGCCCAGCGGGGACAAAGGGGAUAAGGGGGAGCGGGGGCCAGAGGGCGUUGGGAUCCCGGGGCCUCAGGGACUUGUUGGGUUGCCGGGUCCCGUUGGUCCUCCGGGUCCAGAAGGAAGACACGGUGAGCGAGGUGAUCCGGGUAGAGAAGGUGCAAUAGGUCCCAGAGGUGUUCCAGGUCCCAGAGGAACGUGCGAAUGUCCCACAGUAUCUUAUUACGCGUAUCCACAGAUUAUGGGAAAUAUUAAAGGGCCAUAGAUAAAAUAUAUUUUCACAAUUUUCUAACGGUGCAUUUACACCAAACGAGCGAAUGCUCAUUCUAAAACCACUAUGUCAAAUUAUUUUAGUAAAACAGGCGUAGAGCAUUCUUUCGUUUUUCUUAGUGCGUUCCAAAAGAUUCCAUGCAAUGUUCUAACUUCUAAUAUUGAACAACACUGAAUAAAACUUUUCGUCUACUCUAAAAGAUCACGAAUGAAUACUCUUGCUCUAGCUCUAUGUUCGUUUGAUGUAAAUCCACCGUAAGAAAAAACCGUUACAUACCUGUGAAAUUUCGUGAUAUUGAUAACGUAUUUAUAUUAUGUAUCUCAAUUUUGUACACAAAUAUACUCAAUGUAUUUUUUACACAAAUUUUUUUUCAACAUUUUCAUAAUUUAUAUCCUAACAUACCUAUUAAAUUGAGCGUGGUUCGGAUUUGAUCUCUUGUUUUUGGGAUCCUUGCUACGAAAAAUAUAUUUUGUAGACCUAGUAAUAUUUGAAACUAGCGGUCCGCCCCGGCUUCGCCCGUGGUACAUAUUUACGUUUUCUCUACAUAAGAACCAUCCUCGU